AUGGAGCGGUACGCAGGUCGCGUCGCCCUGGUGACGGGCGCCAACUCCGGCAUCGGCGCCGCCACCGCACGGGCGCUGCUCAGGAGGGGGCUCGAGGUCGUCGGCCUCGACAAGAGGAUCGACAGGGUCCAGGCUCGAGAACUGAAGGACGCUCCGGGUAGGCUCUAUCCAUUGCAAUGUGACGUCAGCUGCGAGGAGAAUGUUCUACGGGCCUUCAAAUGGAUCAAAGAGAAUUUAGGAGGGGUCGAUGUUCUUAUCAACAGCGCCGGCAUUUGCAGAGAAAACCUUCCAACAACUGGACAGACAGCCGAGUGGCGGCACACACUGGACGUCAACGUCCUGGGGCUGUCCGUCUGCACGAGGGAGGCCGUCCAGAGCAUGCUGGACAGGGGGGUCGACGACGGCUUCGUCAUCCACAUAUGCAGUAUAGCUGGCCACAUCAUGCCAUUCGAUCCAUUGUGCUCGAUGUACCACGCCAGCAAACAUGCUGUCAGGGCUCUGCUUGAAGGACUGAGGAUGGACCUGGUUGCCAGGAACAGCAAGAUAGGGAUGGAGCGGUACGCAGGUCGCGUCGCCCUGGCGACGGGCGCCAACUCCGGCAUCGGCGCCGCCACCGCACGGGUGCUGCUCAGGAGGGGGCUCGAGGUCGUCGGCCUCGACAAGAGGAUCGACAGGGUCCAGCUAGUUAACUAA